AUGUGGAUGAAUCCUGCCGUUGAAGCGCGCUGGUCCGACGAGUACUGUCGCCAAUCGUGGCGCUGCAGCUCUGGCAGGCCAUGGACUGAACUUGCUUCUGACACUGCAAUGAAACCUACGUCCAGAGCUCCGUCGUGCCGUCUGCGGUUGCGUCUGCCUGCAACGACGACUGAGCCCGGUGGACGCGGACGUCACCUUGCUGAGCCAUCGGUGGAGGCAGAUCCUUCCGGGCGACACGCCCGUCCUUCUUACUUCUUAAUGGACUUGUUGCUAUUUCCUGAGCGGUGGUGGCGGCGCUUGGUCGUUGCGGAUGAACUAGCUGGCUAG